UACCAUAAUGUUAUAUGUAUGUAUCGCCUGAAAUUAUUAUUGUGGACCAUAUCAAUCUGCAAAGCACAGUGAAUUGACUUAAAUUGGUUCAACGAGUUCAAAUUUAUGUCAGUCUUGUUUUUAGCAUCGCAACUUACUUACGGUUUUACUAUAUAACUAAAGUCGACGAAGUGAUGAUAACAUAAUAAAAUUUAGUUGUGAUAAGUGCACGCGGAUCAACGUUUAUAAGAUUUUGCUUCUUCCAAGCCGAGUGAAGAGACACAAUUCAUUGUUUUAACUGUACAAAUUUGUCUAAGUAGUGUUGUGUUGUGUGUGUCAAUUAUUUAAGCAUUUUUGAUAUUUUCUUUUCAACUCCCUCCUCGUUUAAACCGAUUAUGUGUUUAGUAUGACAAGGUUAAUUUAUUUAUAGUUGAAUUAUAAGAACGUUUUGGACGAGCGAAAAAAAAAGAGCACCGCUGAACGAACAGUAUACACCAACGAUAUUGAAACGAAAUAUUUUCAAGGGACGAACACUUUAUACAAAGGAUCACCCUUAACUCGGUUUCGAAUGUGUGAUUAAAUUCGAUAAAUGAUUAAAAGAAUUCGCGACGGUUCAGUUGGAAAUUAGAUGACGUGCACCGAUUGGAGCGAUGCUGAUUCACAAAAGAGUCAGUUCAAGUGUGCGUUGCGAAUAAAUCGUCAAACGGGACGUCUACAAUGGUGUGCAGGAUCCAAAUGUAUUAAAAUGUUUAUUAUUGUGCCCGUAACAUUGCUGCCAGUUGUUUUGAUUUUUAUUUUAUUGACCCAUCUCGAAGUGGUCGGCACCAUACAACAAUACCGAACCGAUUAUUAUCCACUGUCCAACGAUCUGUACACUGGUGAAAGUUAUAAUUUCGAGGAUAAUGACCGAAAAUGUGUGGCCAUCAAAUACACUAUGUCCGACACAACGUUGGACAUUGAGGAUCGGGAUGUGUUAAAGGAUAUUCGUACGUCGUUUAUACCAUCAGAUUCUCUAGUUUUAUCGCCGCACUGCCGUGAGAAUUCUGACGCAAGAAAAGACAGAAGUAAGACUUCCGUUAAUGAACGAUCUUAUUCCUAUGAUGAAGUCAUCGACGACAUUUCCAGUUUUCGAAGAGGUAGACGGGAACUUAACGUGACCGCCGAGUCUACAUCAACAGCUGAUGGUGAGAAGGAUGGCCAACGGUCACAUGCACCACUAAAGAGUAAGCAAUCCUAUGUUUCUCCUCAAGUACCAUUCUGGAAAGGUGAGGGCACAUUCGAUCAGAUACGUAAAACUCAGGCUGACGUUAUGCUGCAAUAUAUGGAUCAAAGUGUUAAUCCGUGUGAUGAUUUUUAUCAAUAUUCAUGUGGCAAUUGGGAGAAAUUGAAUCCGAUUCCGAAAGAUAAAGCGGCCUACGAUACAUUCGAAAUAUUGCGAGAAAGCUUAGAUGAUGUUAUCGAAGAGUUGCUCACAUCCAUUGACUCAAGAAAACUCGCUCCGACAAACUCACCGCUAUCGGUUGACGAUAAAACACCAAAAUCGUUGGAUAGCGUACCGAACAUUUUAGGUAACAGCCAACGAGAAACCGAUCUGCGCAAGAAAAUUCUCCAAAGACGAUCGGUUCUUGAGAAAGUGUUACUGAGAUACAAGAAGGACAUUACGAACCGCGAUAGAACGCCAGUCAAGCUGUCAGAUGCGGAAAUAAAAGCCAAAAAUUUAUACGAAUCCUGCAUGAACUAUGAACUUCUCGAGAAGCGUGGCAUUACACCGUUAUUGGAUUUACUUAAAUCAUUGGGUGGGUGGCCAGCGUUGGAUUCUGACUGGAGGUCGGAUAAUUUUAAUUGGCUCAACUUGACGGCGAAGUUGCGUUUGUAUAACAAUGACAUUUUUUUGGUACAAUGGGUGGGACCUGACAUUAAAAAUUCGGACGAAAAUAUAGUUCAAUUCGAUCAGACAAGUCUCGGUCUGCCCACAAGAGACUAUUUCCUGCAACAAGCCAAUUCUAAGUACUUGGAAGCGUAUAGGGAAUACAUGACAACGAUUAUUCAUCUGCUCGGCUCUACGUUAGAAAAUGCUAGAAAAACGGCCAAUGAAAUAAUUGAAUUUGAAACCGAACUAGCUAGAAUCACAUCGUCACCGGAAGAACGAGCAAACGUUUCAUUGCUGUACAAGAAAAUGUCCAUUGAAACAUUGUGUAAUGAAGUGCCCGAAAUCGAUUGGGUAUACUAUCUGGAAACAGUUCUGGAGAAAUCGAUUACAAUGGACCAGAAUGUUGUAAUAUUUGCAGUCGAUUACAUGAAGAGUAUGGUGAAAUUAUUCGCCGUGACCGAACAAAGAACCAUUUCCAACUAUUUGUUUUGGCGUUUCGUGCGACACAGAGUCAACAAUUUGGACGAUCGGUUCCAAGAAGCAAAGCAAAAGUUUUUUUUCUCCCUAUUCGGAAGGGAACAGUCACCACCUCGUAGAAAAAACUGCGUUCUUCAGCUGAACACAAAUAUGGGUAUGGCAGUCGGUGCAAUGUUUGUUCGGAAAUAUUUUGACGAGAACAGUAAAAAGGACACAUUGGACAUGACACACGAAUUGCAACAAUCUUUUCGAGAAAUCAUAAAUUCAACCGACUGGAUCGAUGGUCCGACAAAAGUCCUGUCCGAGGAGAAACUAAAUGCAAUGUCACUUCGAAUCGGAUACCCAGACUUUUUGUUAUCACAUGAAGAGCUGAACAAAAUUUACAAAGAUUUAGAGAUCGACAAAGAUAAGUAUUUCGAAAAUACUCUGGCAGUUCUAGUACACCUGACGCGAACCGAACAGUCAAAACUUGGAGAACCUGUUAACAAAACAACAUGGUUCACAGCACCAGCCAUCGUCAAUGCUUACUAUUCUCGGAAUAAAAAUCAGAUCAUGUUCCCGGCUGGCAUUUUACAGCCUCCAUUCUAUCAUCGUCAUUUUCCAAAGUCCUUGAAUUAUGGCGGCAUCGGUGUGGUCAUUGGACAUGAAUUAACACAUGGCUUUGACGAUAAAGGACGACUGUUCGAUCGUGAUGGAAAUCUUGAACGAUGGUGGAGUGACAAUGCUGUUGAACAAUUCCAUUCGAGAGCCAGCUGUUUGAUCAAUCAGUACGGAAACUACACCGUAUCAGAAGUGGGCAUACCGGUGGACGGUGAAAAUACACAAGGAGAAAAUAUCGCCGAUAACGGUGGCAUUAAACAAGCUUUCCGAGCUUACAAAAAAUGGUUGGCCCAUCAUUCGGAUGCUGAGAGUUUGAAAUAUGAAACAUUACCGGGCCUAAACGAAACGCACACACAACUGUUCUUUUUAAAUUUCGCUCAAGUUUGGUGUGGCGCAACGAGACCUGAAGCAACACGCAAUAAAUUGAAAACAGCCGUACACAGUCCAGGGAGGUUUCGAGUUAUCGGAACAUUGUCGAAUUCCGUUGAUUUUUCCAAAGAAUACAACUGCCCGGUGGGAUCUCCAAUGAAUCCAGAAUUCAAAUGCAGCGUGUGGUGACGAAGGAAAACCAUCAAAUUUUAGUGUGGUUUGAAAUGGCGCCGAUGAUCGCAAUAUUUUUGAAAUUUGUAAAAUUAUUUUGAGAAUCGAAACACCCAUCAGUUAUUAUUAUAGACUGUGCAAUGUUUAUGAAUUAAAUAAAAAUAAAAAAUCUAAUAAAUAAAUAACGAGUGAGCACAACCAGCAGUAUAAAACACAACGAAAUGAUUUUUCUUAUAGAAACAUUGUUCACACAAACAAAUUAACAAAAAUAUUUUAAAUCGUCCACUAUACCAUCAAAUUAUGCUAGUUAAUGAAUAUGUUAUUAAUAAAGAUGAUUGGUUUUACGACAUUUU